CUUGUACUCCACUGUUAUCGUCUCGAAUCGGAAGCUCAAAAACAAUGGAUUCCGAGGAGUAAGUAAGCACGAAAGCAUUUAUUCACUAUGUUCUCCUCUUCGAAACUGCAACCGCCCAAACCUGCAAUCUUCGUGAAUCCGAUUUUCAAACAAGGAUUCAUCGGCAAAAGUCCUCCGUUCCGCCGCCGGUACACUCUCCGGCGAGCCUCUCUGCGAUUCGCCAAGGUUUCGGACUCAAUCGCGUCUCCAUCGCACUCGAAUCCGCACGAAUCUUCUUCCGAAUCGUCGUCCCGUCUGACCUCUUCCGUUGGACAACCUCCUCUCCAACUCUCUCAGUGGACGCUCACGCCGCAGAGACACUUCGUCUUGCUCAACGUCGUCGCUUGCGUUACGGCGAUCUCAGCAUCAUGGCUAUUCUUAGCUGCGAUUCCUACUCUUCUGGCUUUCAAGAAAGCAGCAGAGUCGCUUGAGAAGCUUUUGGAUGUAACCAGAGAAGAGUUACCCGAUACAAUGGCUGCUCUUCGCUUAUCAGGGAUGGAGAUCAGUGACUUAACUAUGGAGCUUAGUGAUUUAGGCCAAGGCAUCACUCAAGGUGUUAAAAGCUCAACACGGGCUAUUCGCGUGGCUGAAGAUAGACUAAGGCGGUUUACUAACAUGAAUCCAGUAGCUUCAAUGCAGGAGGAGGAGGAGGUGAUGCAUCAGACCAAGAGAAAGGAAACAGAACCAGCGGUGGCUAGAGCAGCGAGGAACUUCAAGGAAGGGAUCGUUAAGGGACGUUCUUUAUGGCAGUUGUUCUUCACAUUCGCUCGCUUCUCCAAAACCGCCACGAGUUAUUUGGCGAAGCGAGUUAAGCAGUAGAAGGUUUAUAAUCACAUCCUUGUUUUUCCCUUUGCCCUUUGACAAAAACCGAGUCUAGCUCGAGUCUUGGUAGCUUAAGAAUACUCUAGUUUGAUGGAUAUGAAACUAUGAAGAUGAUAUGAAUCAUAAGACGUGCAUCAAGUUUCUUUUAGUGUUA